GUGUCGCCUUCCCUUCCCUUCUUCAAUCCAUUCUAUUCAAGUUGAACCAAAUUAAAGCCUUAAUUUGUUUAAUUAGCACUACUGCCACCAAACCAAAAGGGUUUCGCUCCUUAGGGCGGUUUUCCGAUUUGUCGAUCGGAAACCGUUCUACCGUGAACUGCAACCAUUUUCGUUAUAAUUUGAAAGAAAGAAGAAGGGUUCCACAAUCAACAUGUUCUUGGAUUUGUAGAAAUUAAUAAAUAAUUGGCGGUAUAUAUAUGGGUGCAAUACGGCAACAACCCAGUGAAUGGGUGAAAGGUAAACUUGUUGGUUGUGGAUCUUUUGGCACUGUCCAUUUGGCAAUGAACAAAUACACGGGUGGGCUUUUUGUUGUGAAAUCACCACAUUCCGGGGUUGGACGGCAGAGUUUGGACAAAGAGGUAAAAAUCCUAAAAAGUUUAAAUUCAUCACCGUAUAUUGUCAAAUGUUUGGGGACAGAGGAGGAGGAGCAAGGCAAACUGAAUAUUUUUAUGGAGUACAUGGCUGGGGGGAAUCUGGCAGACAUGGCGCACAAGUUUGGUGGGUCAUUAGAUGAAGAGGUGGUUCGGGUGUACACAAGGGAAAUUCUUCAUGGGUUAAAGCAUCUCCACCAACAUGGAAUUGUGCAUUGCGACCUAAAGUGCAAGAACGUGCUUUUGAGCUCAUCUGGCAACAUCAAGUUGGCAGAUUUUGGAAGUGCAAAAAGGGUAAAGGAGGCAAAUUGUUGGCAGUCUAUUGGUGGGACUCCUCUCUGGAUGGCUCCUGAAGUAUUGAGGAACGAGUCUCUGGAUUUUGCUGCGGAUAUAUGGUCCUUGGGAUGUACUGUUAUUGAGAUGGCUACUGGCACCCCUCCUUGGGCUCAUCAGGUUUCAAAUCCUACAACUGCUGUGCUCAUGAUUGCCCAUGGUCAUGGGAUACCUCACUUUCCUCCCCAUUUCUCUAAGGAGGGUUUGGAUUUCUUGACCAGGUGCUUCGAGAGACAUCCCAAUAAGAGGCCUACUGUUCAGGACUUACUCACCCAUCCAUUUAUUGUUUCUACAAAACAAUAUGCUUCUUCCCCGACAAGUGUCUUAGAGGUUCAAAAUUUCAAAGAUUCAGAUGAUGAAUUAGAAACUUGUUCAGAUCAGGGGAAUCAUUUCUCAAUCACAAACACUACAUUUGCAUUUCAUGAUGAUGACCUUAAAGGAAUACCAAUAUGUAAACCCGAAGACAUCUCAUCAGGGAAUUGGAUUACUGUUAGAUCAGGCUGAACACCUGCAAGUGUUAAUGUAGAUAGACAAUUCAAAUGUACAGCUUUCAGUAGGAAACAAAUAGCUUGUCAAAGUUCCUAUGGCUUUUCCCUUUGCAUUUUCACAUACUUUUAUCCAAAGGAGUAGUAUUAUUAGCCACAAACUUGUCCCAUGUCACAUAAAUAAUGCAACAGUAUUCCUACAUGAUGCAUUUG